UUGAUUUGUAAGUGCACCGUCCGAUCGAACGGUUUUAUAAGUUACUUGACUUUAUAAGUAUACAUUCAUUAGUCUUAGUUAAAGAGAAUGAUGGCGAAGAUGAAUAUGUACCCCCUUGUAUUGAUAUUUACUUUCAUUGCCAUGUGCCAGCCAACUACUGGAAGCAUUUGCUGUUUACCUCGCCAGUGGCAUGCGUAUCAAUUGGUGUCGAUGGAAUCUACUGACAAGGUAUAUGUCGAUGUUUCGUUCGAUGCAAAUCUGAAGAAAAUUGCAUCAAAUAUGAAGAUGUCAAGAAAAGGAGUGAAAAGUCAAGAGUUUUCACUGCAAGAUUACGACAAUAGUGUUGAGUACUAUGUUGCUAACAAUGUUUGUGAGAAAAUACCAAUUACAACAGGUUUCCCUUGGUGUGUACCAGAUUCUGCUGUAGUGUUGUUUCAAUCUUUUGUCGGGACGGGAGCCAACAAAAUUGCAACAACAACAUACGAAAUUUCAAAUACUAUGGAACUUGGAGAUGGUGUAUUGACUGUGACUGACGGGGAAUGUAUUCCAAUCAACUUCAAACUUGCUGCUAUUAACGAUGGAGCAUCUACCGAUGUUUAUGGGUUCGAAGAGGGAAUUCCAGACGCAACAAUCUUUGAUACCCCAGCUACUUGCCAGUAAAAUAUUAUUGAUCAGUACAAGAACACACAAGGCAACGGAACCAAGCUAUCAGCAACUAACAGGACAUUUAACUGGAAUGAGGAAAACGCUUUAUUAAAACUUAUCAAUAAAAUUAUAUACAUCC